AUGCCACGAUGCGCCGCCCGACACGUCAAGCUUGUGGCCGAAGCUGAACAACUCGUCCUGCCCUUCNNCCUCGCCCCGAGAGUCUUUCAGCCCUGGCCCAGAUCGCUGCCCCAGUCCUCAUCGACCUCCCGCCCGCAAAAGAAGUCUUUCUCCACAACCUCGUGCAAGCAUGCAAGGCAGUCCCGUGCGACCCGUCCGAAGUAUGAGAGUGCUCGGAGUCUCUUAGUGCAGCAGUGGUACGAAAGUGCCAUUGCUCCGCUGCAAGAAGAUCCCGACAAUGACCAUCAGGAGCACGUGAAGGAAGAGAAGGAUGAGAAGCCGCCAGCAGAUAUUGUACAAGGAAAGCGCAGACUGAGGCGUGCCGAUGUUCAGAAAGCUUUCUUCCAGCGCUGGUCUACUUCUCAGGCCCUUGUCAAGUCUCGCUGGACUGUCGCUAAGCGACCCUCUACCACAAGGAUGAAAUACGUUCCUCUAGGCAGACCCGUGAGGCGGAAGGCUCGAGAUAAACCUGCAGAUGAUAAGACAGAGGAGCUGGCCUUUUCUGCCGAUGGCCACUCCCUAUACUGGAAUCAUCAUUUUGCCAAAUUGAAUGCCCGCCACGAUACUCGCCUGAACCACACCUUUACUCCAAGGACAACGCCGAACCUCAACUUUCGCUCACAGAAGUGGGCUGCACAAAUACUCAACGCAAACGAGUUCAAGGACCAGGAAGAGCUGGCACGAUUGCUAGGUGAUCAAUGGCGGAGGAAAUGGAUGCAUGCUUUGCUCUGGACCUUGGCCAAUUCUGUCGAUGACACUCUACGCCUGCUGGAAAUUACUCAUGUCUCUCCGUACAUGCCUGCUGCGUACGUAGCCGAUGCUCUGAGUUAUGUUGUUGGUCAUUAUCACAAAAACUCCCUCUCUGACGGAACCCGCAACCAUCUGAUCCAUGUUGCUUGUACCAUCAUGGAGCGUCCGGGCACCUCACCACUUCAAAUCAGUGGCAACACCUUCCGCAAAAUUCUGCAGUUCUGCUCCCAGGAACAGAUUUUGAAACUCUUCGAACACAUCAGCAUUAGCGGAACACUCUUGCAUUGGAACACCCGUCUACACUUUACCAGUUAUCUAGCUCAUCAUGGACGAUUUGACCAGGCUCUAGAUACACUUUUGGAUGCAGUGUCAGACGGAGCCGAUGUCAGCUCUAAGCAGUUUGAGAGUUGCUGUGCUACCAUUCUCCGAAAGGCUGCUGAUCAACCUGAUGGCCUUCGUGUUAGUCUUCGCUUGGUCCAGAAUCUGUCUGACAUCGGUGUCAAGCUCAAUGUCCAGCUGUGUAAUAUCGUUAUGCUUAACGCUGUCGAAGCCGGCGACCUCAAGACAGCUUUUAGUAUUUACCACUCUCUUGUCGACAACGACCUCAAAGCCGACGAGUAUACCCAUGCUAUUCUGCUCAAGGGUUGCAAGACGGUAAUCGAGGAUUCAGAAACUCUCAACACCACUAUCCGUCAAGCCAUCGCAGAUGUCGAAGUACGAAACCUUUAUGUUGUGGCCACUGAGAUUAUACAUUGUCUCUAUCUACAUCACUUUCAAAUCGAUCCUGAGAAUGCCUUUUCCAUAGUUUCCGAGGCCUACAGUCAGCUUUUCGACACAUCUGAUUUGAUAAGUCUUGGAAUCUUAGCCCAGAAAUAUGCGAACAAGUCCUCGAACAGGAAGAAACCCACUCUGCCGGCUAUGGGCAUUAUGAUCGGAGCAUACCUUCGACACACCAGUCAAUCACAGAGCAGAAACAUGAGCCAUAUCCACGACCUAUAUCGACGAUGGCGCAAACUCGCCGAGCACAACAUAAGCCCUUUCGUCUUCUUGGCUCANAAAGACUACGUCUCCAAUGCAUUCUUGUUGGCCUUUGCCCAAGAUCCCUCGGGACUCGCUCACGCCGCUGAAGUCAUCCGUGACAUGCAAACACCCUUCUCGCACACCCGUUCCCAGAGCAAACCUACCGUUCGCUCGUGGUCCAUCUUCUUGCACGCCUUUGCCAAACACGGCAGGAUGGAGCUUGCAGAACAGGUGCUCACGUACAUGCGCGAGCGCAAACAGACGCCCAACGAGGUCACUUGGAAUACGCUGCUGGGUGGAUACGCCAGACUCGGCAAGGCCAAUGAGGCAGUGGGGACGUUUAUCCGCAUGCGCGACGAAAAGUUCGAGGCCGAUGAGGUGACCAAACGACAUCUUGGCAAAGUCAACCUUGGAGCUGUGGAUCGUGAGAUUUGGAAAAGUGCUGCUAAAGGUCUGCAAGAAGAGCGAGUUGAUGAAACGCAACAACAGAAGACACCUCAGACAUCAGAAGAAACGUCCAAACCACAGAGCGAGAAGGAUAAGACUGGGUCUGACGGCAUGAAUGAGCUUACUAAAGGCGUACACGCAAUGAGUGUAUGA